AUGUCCAACUCUAAGCACGCUCUACCCAAAGGCUCUCGAGUCCUGGUGACAGGUGCCAAUGGCUACAUCGCAUCGCAUGUUGUCGACCAACUACUCAGCCACGGUUACUUAGUGCGAGGAACUAUUCGUGCUCCCAAACCAUGGCUAUCCGAGUACUUUGCGCAGAAAUAUGGCGAUGUUUUCGAAGCCGUCAUCGUGACCUGUUUCGAGAACCGAGAUGACAUCAAUCGCGUAUUAGACGGAGUAGAUGGGAUCAUCCACCUGAUAAGUGCAGCUCUUCCUGCGGCCAUUCCAUGGGUCGUCAAAGCCACCACCAAUAUCCUUGAAUCGGCUGCCGGGAUGCCAAGUAUAAAACGUGUAGUCUUGGUCUCAUCCUCCAAUGGAUUAUCUAUGUUGACGCCGAAUCCGAACGGCGAGGUCCUUCAUGAAAGCAAGUUGAUUCUGACGUUCAUGAUAGACUCCUGGAGUGACGAAGCCGUGAAAGCAGCUUGGGAUCCCAAUACCCCGGACGAGAGCAAGGGAUUCAAGACGGAGGCUGAGCGAGAAGCAUGGACGUGGCCCGAAUAUACGUUUAACACUGUUCUUCCGUGCAUGACUGUGAUACUCUGCAAAAUCAUCGGGGCAAUCACUCGGUCGGCUGAUCAACUGCACAACAUGUUGGAGGAUCCUUCACCCGGAGAUCUUCGGUUCCACGAUGGGGUGGACCCGCAAACUAUUGAAAGGAGAUCCCACGGAUUUGUCGUAAUCAAUCUAAACGCCACUGUGAGGGCACUACUGAAGAUAAAUCUGGCAGAAUGGUACGUUGAUGUAGAGGACCUGGCCCGACUUUGCGCGGUUGGACUUUCAGACCCCUCUGCCCAAUCCGAGCGCAUCUUUGCCUUUGCGCAGCAGAUGAACUGGUUUGAUGCGGUCUCGCUUCUUCAACAACUUCGUCCGAAGAAUACUCUCAUCCCUGAUGUCCCGGAAGAAAAUAUCCGGGGUCGUAGGGAUGUUUUGCCUCGGGGGCGUGCAGAGGAGUUGCUUCGGACGUUCUACGGCCUGCCCGGCUGGACUUCGAUUCGCGAUAGCCUUGAGAAAGGCAUUGAAGGCUGUGAAUGA